CCGGCGCGGCGCCGCGGGCUCCGGAGCCACAUCCUGCAAGGGAGGAGCGGGGCCGGGAGCGGAGCCGGGAGCGGGGCCGGGCGGCGCGGGAGCCGCAUCGCCGUGGCCGCCCCGCGCCGCCGCCCAGGAUGUGGUGGGACGAGCGGGUGUCGGCGCGGUUCCGGAGGAACCUGCAGCCCACCCUCACCUACUGGAGCGUCUUCUUCAGCUUCGGGCUUUGCAUCGCGUUCCUGGGGCCCACGCUGCUGGACCUGCGCUGCCAGACACAGAGCUCCCUCUCCCAGAUCACUUGGGUCUUCUUCUCCCAGCAGUUCUGCCUCCUGCUCGGCAGCUGCCUCGGAGGGGUCUUCAAGAGGACGUUGUCUCAAUCCUUGUUUGCACUCUUUGCCUCGUCGCUGGCAAUCUCCUUGGUCUUUGCCAUCAUCCCCCUGUGCCACAAUGUGGUGGUCCUGGCUGUGGUCAUGGCUGUGGCAGGGCUGGCCAUGGGCUGCAUCGACACCAUCUCCAACAUGCAGCUGGUGAAGAUCUACCAGAAGGACUCUGCCAUCUUCCUGCAGGCCCUUCACUUCUUCGUGGGCUUUGGGGCGCUGCUGAGCCCGCUCAUUGCUGACCCCUUCCUCUCGGACACCAACUGCAUCCUCUCGAACUCCACGGCCAACGCCUCCAGCAACCUCCCGCACAUCCGCAAGUCCCUGGUCCCGCAUCACCCAGGGAACCUGUCCCACUACGACCUGCCCAUGAAGGGCAUGGUGGUCACGCGUGUCUCCUACGCCUUCUGGAUCAUGGCCCUCAUCAAUCUGCCCGUGCCCAUCGCCGUGUUCUUCCUGCUCUACAAGGAGCGGAUGGUGCCGUGCUUCAGCAGCAGCAGCCACCCGCUGCUCUCUGCCGACGAGCUGGCCAUGGAGACGCGCCCGGCGGACAAGGACGAGCUCAGCACCGCCGUGCAGCGGCCGCACGGAGCAGGAGGUCAUGAUGACUUAUUUAGCUGCUGCCAAAGCAAAAACUUCAGAGGGGCUUCUUACACCUACUUCGCAGUCCACAUCACUGGGGCUCUUGUUCUCUUCAUGACUGAUGGGAUUGUGGGAGAGUACUCGGGCUUCAUUUACAGCUACGCGGUGGAGGAGCCGCUCUCUGUAGUGCACAAGGUGGCCGGGUACCUGCCCAGCCUCUUCUGGGGCUUCAUCACGCUGGGCAGGCUCAUCUCCAUCCCCGUGUCCUACCGCAUGAAGCCAGCAACGAUGGUCUUCAUCAACGUGGUCGGAGUCCUGAUAACCUUCCUCCUGCUCCUCAUCUUCUCCCACAGCGUCGUCUUCCUGUUCGUGGGGACAGCAUCCCUGGGGCUGUUCCUCAGCAGCGCCUUCCCCAGCAUGUUGGCCUACACCGAGGACAUCCUGCAGUACAAAGGCUGUGCCACGACCGUUCUGGUGACUGGAGCUGGAAUUGGGGAGAUGGUGCUGCAGUUACUGGUGGGAUCGAUUAUACAUGAUCAGGGCAGCUACAGUUUCCUGGUGUGUGGGAUGAUCUUUGGAGGCUUGGCCUUUACCUUCUACGCCUUCCUCUUGUUUUUCCACAGGAUGUACCCCAAGCCCUCAGCAGACAUGGACGAUGCCUCCCCUGACAAAGCAGCAGUGAGAGACGACACGGGGCAGUACCAGCGCUGAAGCAGCGGCCAAGCCCUAGCCAAGCAAUAAACCACACAGCGAAGCACUGCUCUUACGGAUGAUUUCACAUCUAAUGACUGAAUCAUGCAAGUCUUCUGCAAUCAAAAGCACAUGAGAUUGGGUAAGUCGGAAUCAAGACAACAUCCUGAAACACUGCCUCAAGCUAAGCACAAGCUGCCCCUGUCACACAAACCAAAAGGACCAGCAUCAGCAUGACCCUUGCGUCUGAUGGCCGUGUACGGAGGGGUGAUGGGAGCAGCUCCUCCUGCCGAUGCACCUUCUUUCUUACCAGUUCAGGAUGAAGGGGACGAAGGAAAAGGUUCUCUCUGUCCCAUAGGUAAGACUGAGCCUCUCCUGGCUUAGACAUUGAACGGAAGAUGUUUCUUUUGG